UCCAGUAGCAAGACCAGUAGACUGCCAUGGAACUCCAUCGUUCUCAGAGGAAAUCUUCCACCGCGACCAUUUCCUCGACCACUCUUCCACUCUAUCGCUCCGCUCCUCCUCUCGAAGUCAGGCUUGAAGAAUUCGAACUUUAUGCCAUAGAUCGUCUUCGAGUUCUUAAAGGAAUUUCUGAUGGUUUAUCUCGAGGAAAGAAAUCUGAAGACAUGGAGAAACUGGUUAGAGACUUGUUGAAGGCCCAUAUGAAACAUCCACAGGCAUCCGAGGCUGUGAACAAGGAUAUAAUAUCUCACUUUGUUCUGCGCCUCGUAUACUGCAGAACGGAGGACUUGAGAAAAUGGUUUCUUUCUAUGGAAACUAUGCUAUUUCGACACCGUUUUCUUUCUGAAAGUCCUGAAUCUCAGAAGCAGGUCUUUUCGGAGCUUGGCCUCUCAUACAAAGCAAUCGGUUAUGCAGAGUUUGAGGCUGUGAAGGACAAAUUGGUCCAAGUUGCUCGGUUGAUUGGUCAGCCUGUACCAAGCGCUGAUGCAAUAUACUAUAAGGUACCAUGGGAAGAAGUUCCAGAACUGGUGGCUGGUCGAAGGGUAUUACUUCAUAAAGGAUAUGCAUAUAUUGCUAUCUAUCAGGUGGUUUCCCUUGUUGCAACACAAUUCCGCAGUUACCUAUCAAAGGCCUUAAGUCUGACAAACAGGAAAUGGACAUCUACAAUAAGAGAACAAGAGAAGGAUCGGUUGACCCCUAUCGUUGAAGCCCUUUGCACUAGCUACCUGGGUCCUGACUACUCACAGCCAACAGAGUAUGCUGAUAUAUCAAUCAAAGACCUUGAACAAAUUGCUAAAAGUUCAUUUCCUCUUUGCAUGCGGCACCUAUUUGAUAAGCUGAAAGAAGAUCAUCAUUUGAAGCAUGGAGGGAGAAUGCAAUUAGGUCUCUUUCUUAAGGGUGUUGGUUUGAAGCUUGAUGAUGCCCUUGCUUUCUGGAGAGCUGAGUUCUCGCAGAGAGUUGGUGUUGAGAGGUUUGACAAAGAAUAUGCAUACAGUAUCAGGCAUAACUAUGGAAAAGAAGGCAAGAGAGUGGAUUAUUCACCUUAUUCCUGUCAAAAAGUCAUCUCAUCAUCACCUGGUGUUGGAGAUCAUCAUGGAUGUCCCUAUAGACAUUUCAGUGAAGACAACUUAAGAGCAGCUCUUGGUAAAAUGGGAGUAAAUAACCAGAAAAUGGAAGAUAUAUUGGACAAAGUGCGAAAUAGACACUAUCAGUUGGCCUGCACCUUGACAUUUGAAUCGGUUCAUGGUUCGUCAUGCGACGCCGGGAUUAAUCAUCCAAACCAGUACUUCAUUGAUAGUCAAAAAGUUUUGCAAUCUAAGGUAGACCCUGAAACUUCAUCAUGUACUAAUUUUGAUGCUUUCUUGACAGUUUUGAGUCUUGGAAGGCUGAGCACAUAAAUGCAUCCUGAACUUGGAAGGCUGCUGCCCUACUAUGAGUUAAUUGUUUUAUUAUUUGAAGAAUAUAACAUUGGUGAAUUAAGGGACAUCAAUAACGUGCUCGAGUUUUUGGCCACUAUGCCAAGAAAUACCGUUCUUCGAGAUGUUCUCCCGAGUUAAGGGCAUGUUAGCUAAGAGCAAGUGAUUUUAGUCGUUUCAAAAUCACUCUCAAACAUGCUGUGUGUGUUCCAAAUUGUAGUGCUUAGCUAACAUGAAAUAAAGUUGGGACCUUUACUUAGCUUAAUAUC